CCGACUAGGAUGGAGGUUGGAAGCUGAUGUGGAAUGGGCUUAAUCCUAAACCUUGCUUUGGGCUGAGAUUUGGUUGCUGCUAACUUAUUGGAUUUAUCGAUUCAUUACACUGGCCAAGUGAAUGCCAAAGCAGCAUUAACAUCAAGAGAGAGGAAGAGAGAGAGAGAGGGAUUGUGAUUCUGUAAUAUAUAUGCAUUCAGAGCAUUUUUUAUUAAAGAAGAUAAAGAGUGCAACAUAGAUCUUAUCCUCAACUUCAUCGAACUGCAAAACCAAAAGUUAAAAAAAAGCAAAACAAAACAGUAUCUUAAGGGCACUUUUAGGUGAGAAGUCUCAAGAUGGAUCCAAAAAACUAUUCCCUUCUGAACUUGGAAGUGGACCAUUUGGUAUAUCACAACACCUCCAACAACAGUAUGGAUCUCUCCAAGAAUGACAGCUGGUUCCACCCGGGAAUCUUCUACAUCAUCCCUGCAAUUUAUGGGGUUAUCAUCCUCAUAGGUCUCGUUGGUAACAUCACUCUGAUCAAGAUCUUCUGUACAGUGAAGUCCAUGCGAAAUGUGCCAAACCUGUUCAUCUCCAGUCUGGCCUUGGGAGACCUGCUGCUUCUGGUAACCUGUGCUCCUGUGGAUGCCAGCAAGUACCUGGCUGAUAGAUGGCUAUUCGGCAGGAUCGGCUGCAAACUGAUCCCCUUUAUACAGUUUACCUCAGUGGGGGUGUCUGUCUUCACACUCACGGCGCUGUCGGCAGACAGGUACAAAGCUAUUGUCCGGCCAAUGGAUAUCCAGGCAUCACAUGCACUGAUGAAGAUCUGCCUCAAAGCUGCCUUGAUCUGGAUCGUCUCCAUGCUAUUAGCCAUCCCAGAAGCUGUGUUUUCUGACCUCCAUCCCUUCCAUGAGCAAGAAAGCAACCAAACCUUCAUUAGCUGUGCUCCUUACCCACACUCUAAUGAGCUGCACCCCAAAAUUCACUCUACGGCUUCCUUUCUGGUGUUCUAUAUCAUCCCACUCUCAAUCAUCUCUGUGUACUACUACUUCAUUGCCCGAAAUCUGAUCCAGAGUGCUUACAAUCUUCCUGUGGAAGGCAACAUACAUGUCAAAAAGCAGAUCGAGUCCCGGAAGCGGCUUGCCAAGACCGUGCUGGUGUUCGUGGCCCUCUUUGCCUUCUGUUGGCUUCCCAACCACGUCAUCUACCUGUACCGCUCCUACCACUACUCGAAGGUGGACACCUCCAUGCUCCACUUUGUCACCAGCAUCUGUGCCCGCCUCCUGGCCUUCACCAACUCCUGCGUGAACCCCUUUGCCCUCUAUCUGCUGAGUAAGAGCUUCCGGAAGCAGUUCAAUACACAGCUCCUGUGCUGCCGACCUGGCCUGAUGAGCCGGUCCCACAGCACUGGCAGAAGCACCACCUGCAUGACCUCCUUCAAGAGUACCAACCCCUCAGCAGCCACCUUCAGCCUCAUCAAUGGAAAUAUCUGCCAUGAAGGGUAUGUCUAGACUAGCCCUUGGC